AUGAUCCUGUGGAAUAAGGCUGUUAUUAUAAAGCACCUGUGGGCACUUGCACUGAAGAAAGACUGUCUAUGGAUAAGAUGGAUGCAUUGCUACUAUAUAAUGUAUCAAACUCUGGAGCACUUUCAAACACCUAAGAAUGUAUCCUGGGUGAUUAGAAAAGUUUUGAAUACAAGGAAGUUGAUUAUGGAGCUACAACAAUUCCAAGGAGAUCUGAAUAGCAGACUGCAGCAGUUUCAACAGGAAGGAAAAUUCAGUACCCGGAGAUUAUACCUACUACAGAUACCUCAGUAUCCUAAAAUGGCAUGGAAGAAACUGACAUUGCAACCUCACCUUCAACCAAGUCACAAGUUCAAUUUUUGGUUAGCUGUGCAGAUAAGAUUAGCAACAGUAGAUAGACUACUCAAGUUAGGUAUACAAGUUCCCAAAACUUGUGUAUUCUGUGGAGCAGCUGAUGAAGUCUUUGACCACUUGUUCUUUGAAUGCAACUUCACAAAGAACAUGUUGGGUAGAUUGCUCUAUUGGCUGGGGAUUACAAGAAGAAUAGGAAGCUGGAAUGGUGAGAUAGAAUGGUUGAUAACAAGUGUGAAAUUGAAAUCUGGCCAUCGAAAAAUUCUGGUAGCUACUUUUAUUAUGCUGAUAUAUGGAAUCUGGAAAACGAGGAAUUUGCUCAGAUUUCAGAAUGGAACCUGUUCGAGUGACAAGAUAUGUAGAGAUAUUGCAAUCCACAUACAUACAAAGGGAGCAAAUGUGAUCAGAUGGAAGGAAUAA